AUGCUGAACAUGUUGCUCUCCAGGAAUUCCUGGACCCUGAGAGCCGUGAUGCUGGCGGGGUGGAUCCAUUUCAGCACCUGGCAAAUGGGGGAAGCGAUCCAUCCAGUGUGUGCGCUGGUGGCUCAGCAUAUGAAGGCUCAGGAGGAGUGCAACUACACACGUCAGCUAGAAACCCGUAACCAAACCAAAAUCACUGGUUGCCAGACAGAAUGGGAUGAGAUCCGGUGCUGGUACAGGGCUGAGGUGGGUCAGGUGGUUAAUGUCUCCUGUUCUGAAGUUUCACAGCUCUUCGCCAUCAACCACGGGUACAUAUACCGGAACUGCACUAAAAGCGGCUGGAGUGACCUAUACCCGUCGUACGAGGAUGCUUGUGUGUUCGUUCCAGUGGAAGAAACUGAGACCACAUAUUAUUCCACCUUCAGACAAGUGUACACCGCAGGCUACGCCACCUCCCUCAUCUCCCUCAUAUCGGCUAUCGUUGUCUUCACAGCCUUCAGGAAGUUCCACUGUACAAGAAAUUACAUCCACAUCAAUCUCUUUUUAUCGUUCAUCCUGAGAGCUAGUGCGGUCUUUAUUAAAGACGGUGUCCUCUUCACUGACGAGACCCAGGACCACUGCUUCAUGUCUACAACGUCAUGUAAGGCAGCCGUGGCGUUUUUCCAGUUCAGCAUCCUGGCUAACUAUUUCUGGCUGCUGGUGGAAGGCAUGUACUUGCAAACUCUGCUGGCUCUCACGUUCGUCUCACAGAAGAAGUAUUUUUGGUGGUACAUACUGAUUGGCUGGGGUCUUCCAGCAACAAUCCUGACCACUUGGGUUCUGGCCAGAAAUUUCUAUGACAACAGGGGGUGCUGGGACGACACAGACGUUGCCUUGAUUUGGUGGAUCAUAAAAGGACCAAUAACAACGUCACUUUUAGUGAACUUCAUCAUCUUCAUCAAUGUGAUCAGGAUACUGGUGCAGAAGCUCAAGUCUCCGGGAGUCGGAGGCAAUGACACCAGCCAUUUCUCGCGACUGGCUAAGUCCACUAUGUUCCUGAUUCCACUCUUUGGCAUGCACUACAUGGUGUUUGCUUUUCUACCAGAGAACACCGGGAAGGAUGCUCGGCUCUACAUCGAGCUCGGACUGGGCUCAUUUCAGGGUUUCGUUGUGGCUCUAUUAUACUGUUUUCUCAAUGGUGAGGUGCAGGCAGAGUUUAAGAAGCGCUUAUGGAAAUGGCAGAUGCAGGGUUAUCUGAGCUACAGUAAACGCAGGAGAACGUUGUUCACAGAGACCAGCACCGUCACUCAGAUUUCAGUUUUAGAAAAAUCAAGCCCCAAAGAGCAGCCGUCGACCGAGCUCCCGAACACCGUCUCAGCCGUCUGA